UUGUUGAACAUGGAGAGUGAUGUUGAGCCAAAAUACGAUUCUGAUUCCCCUUCUCUCGAUAUCAUCGAACAUGAGGAUUUAGUUGAGAUCAGAAAGGGACGGAAAGCUGUAUCCUCUGGUGAACCAUCACUUGAUGGUAGCAUUGAUGAGGAAAGGGGAGCUUUGUCGGAUUCAGAAAUUGGACAUGCAGCUCGUUCUAAUACCAUCGCUGCCCAAGUUCGCGGACCCUCUUCUGAUGCAUUAGAAGAGUCUUGUAGAAUCGAAGCUUCAGGAAGAGACAAGAUUUCGGAAUGGGAAGAUAUUCUGGGAAGUGGGAAUUUGAAAAGGAAAGUGGUAAUUCCUGGAUCAACGGAGAUUGAACGUCCUAAAGAUGGUCAUUGGGUCACCAUUAGAGUUAAAGACACAUUGCGUGGAAUGGAUUCUCAUGAAAGAUUGAGAUUCAUCACUGGGUACUCAAUGGUCAUAGAUGCAUGGGAGUUAGUAGUCAAAUUGAUGUAUGUCGGAGAGCUGUGCGCAGUCAAAACCAAUUCUCUACUAGCUUAUGGUAAACUGGGUUUGGAUGAUAGAGUUCCACCUGACCAGGAUCAGGAGUACACUAUCGAGCUUCUUGAAGUUGAAGACGGGCCAAAUUUCGAGGAAAUGAGCGAACGAGACUUGGAAAGAUUUUUGAUCAUGCUCAAAGACCGUGGAAACUUCUUCUUCGGACGCUCCGAGUUUGACAAAGCCAUCUUCGUGUACAAACGUGCGUCCUCUAUUCCUUUCAAAGAUCAAGAAGAUUUGAAUAUUUUGAUGUCAACAAUCCAUUCCAAUUUGGCUGUUUGCUACUACAAAAUUGGCGAUUAUGAGUCUGUAAUCAGAUCUGCAGAUACAUCGAUCAUGCUGGACGAAUAUAAUACCAAAGCUUUAUACAGAAAGGCAAUAGCUCUUUCAGCUUUAAAGGAAUUUGACGAAGCCCAAAAGUGGCUGAAACGGUCAUUGGAUAUCGAUCCUUCGCAAUUGGCGGUACAAAACGAAUUGGAGAAAGUCAGUGGAUUGAGAAAUCGACGAAGACUCGAUGAGAAACAAUUGUAUAAAAAAAUGUUAAGUGGUGCAGGUGAUGAGAAUAAGAACAACAAUAUUGUUUAUCGAAGCUGGGCUGCAGUGAAUAAGCAAGAUUACACCUACAGUCUUAUGUUGAUUCGUCUUUUCCAUAGUUUGGCUCUUGUAGCCUGUAGUUCUAUCCUAGUAGUACAGAGUUCUUCAGUAUGCUCUGACAUAAAGCCUCCAACCACUCUAACUGCUGUUUCUGUUUGGGUUAAGCAUUUGCCUGAAACGUCGUUGUUCCGCAUAUCCGAUGAAGAUCUUACCGAUGAAGGAUUCAGCAGAAGUGCUGCUGAUCGUGACAGUUUCAUUGUUAUGCUCAGUCGACAGGCGGAUGCAUGUUCUCAAAGUAAUUGUUCAAUCAAGUUGCAACGAAACCGGAGAUUGCGAGAUGGUGCGGAAUUACAACAAGAGAAUCCAUUAGGGAUCCCGAUAGGAUUUGAAACUCUCUCUGAUGACUUCUACUGCGCUCGUUCUAUCGGCGAUUGUGGAGCAGAACUACCUAUCUACAGAUGGAGUCGUGGCAAGACGGACGACGUUAAAAUUUAUGCCUAUACUUUUGAUCCCUCAGCUUCUAUAUCCGGCUAUAUCCGAGAUGUGGUUCCUAUUUGUUAUGGAUGGAGUGAUGAAGGCUCGAUUAUCGGCUUUGGAAGUGGAAACUCAGUACUACAGAAUAAUACGAACAUCUGUGCUCGUGUUGGUCCUGUACCAAACGCCAAGAUCUCGUAUUCAGUCACUGCUUCGGGACUGUAUCCGAUUGGCACGACAGCCAUUUUACAAUGUGCGACUGACUUCGCAGUGAGUGGUCAAACAUCUUUAGUUUGUACUAAAGAGGGUUGGUACCCUAUCACUGGAUUAGGGGGUUGUAUUGAAAGGAAAACUAAAGACACACAUUCUAUCGUAUCCGGCAACACUGCAGCAUCAUCUAGCAGUGGCUCGUCUUGCUCUUCCCCUUCAUCUAUUGCCAAUGGCAACAUUGUUGCUUUUCCUGUAGCGAACAGAAGUACUGCUAACGUUCUAUGCAGUUUCGGUUAUAUCCCUACAUUCUUCGAAAGUAUCCAAUGCUUGGAUGGAGAAUGGCAGCUUCCGAACAUCGAUCGAGCCUUAUGCAUCAAAGCGUCAGAAGCCAAGUGUCUUCCACCUUUACCACCCAUGAAUGGACAUGUGAAGUAUACAUCGACUGACAAGAAUCCAUUUGCUCUCAACUCACAAGCGCAACUAAUUUGUGAAACAGGCUACAACUUAGUUGGAAAUGAGAUGCUAACUUGUAAGGAAUCAGGAUGGUCUCCAUCUGUUUUGGGAAUGUGUCAAUCGAGUGCUAGAUCAAAACGACAGGGCACAACGAGUCUUGGAUGCAUUGCAGCAUCUACUUUGGGUGGAGCUGUUUCUUACAUACAAACAAAUCCUGCAGUCCCUUACUCAGCAGGAACAACAGCUCUUCUGUUUUGUGAUGCAGGAUCCAGGCUUGAUGGAGCUUUCUCAUCUAUAUGCACAAAUGGACAGUGGACACCUGUUCUCGGUACAUGCACUCCUGGAGGAGCAGGGCUACCUUUGAGCGAUUCAUUAAGCUCGGGAAAUUCCGGCGCCACCUGUAUGGAUAUGCUUACUCCCUUAAACGGAAUUGUUACUCACUCCUUACCUAUCUCGACUGGUGGUCGUCCAUCCGGUACCGUUGCAACUUUAUCCUGCAAUAUGGGAUAUACAGUGUCUGGCUCUCUAACGGCCAGUUGUACUAAUGGAAUUUGGUCUCCAACAAAUCUGGGAACCUGUACACAAGGUAAUGGAAACAGUUUAUUCCCAUCCUUAGAUUGUGCCACACCAGUAGUAACUAACGGUGUGGUGUCCUUCAGUAGAAAUGGAGAUACUACGCUUGAAAAGCCUUCUGGAACAGUUGCAACAAUUUCUUGUAACUUGGGAUUUACAAUUCAAGGCUUCCCUACAUCUACAUGCCAAGGUGGAUUAUGGUCUCCAACGAUACCAACAUGUACUACCACAACAGGUGUUAUUCCUGGAAUUGGUUCCCAAAUGAGUCAAUGCACAGCAUUAUUACCACCUCUUGGAGGUACUCUAUCGUACUCUACUGGAUCUAUAUUUGGUCCAUAUGCUUCUGGAACAACUGUCUCUCUCACAUGCUCUAACCAGCAAGUGGUUUCAGGAGCAUCUUCUGCUGUGUGUCAGUCAGGAACAUGGUCACCAGCUGCUCUUGGAACAUGUAAUUUAGGUGGGAUAGGAGGAACUAACUGUCCUACUUUAAUAACUCCUAUGAACGGACUCAUCACAUAUUCAACAGGAAGUGCCCUAGGACCUUUCACUAGGGGUACUACUGCUACACUCUCUUGUACAAAUGGAGCUCUGCCAACUGGAAGUCAAACAGCUAUGUGCGAUGGAACAUCAUGGAGUCCCAGCAUGCUUGGAACUUGUUCCACAGGUGGAACAGGUAUUGGUGGUCAAUGCAGCACUCUACCAACAAUAAUGGGAGCUAUUAUAACAUAUAGUACACUAUCAACGAUUGGACCUUUUACAUCGGGAACAACAGCAACAGUCAGUUGCACUAAUGGUCAGAUGGUGAAUGGAGUCUCAACAUCAGUGUGUCAGAAUGGAUUUUGGGUUCCCUCAGUUAUGGGAACAUGUACUAACAGCACAGGAACAAUAGGAGGACAAUGUAUUGGAGGAGUCAGUGGACCUCUGGGAUCUACUGUGCGAUAUUCUAAUGGAGGUGUAUUUGGACCUUAUCCAAGUGGAACAACAGCUACGGCAAUCUGUUCCUCAUUUGGCUCAUCGAAUACCAACACUUUAACGAACUCUCUGAACGACAAUUCUAUUUUCUCCACUGGAAACUCAGCAUUUGGGUCGAAUACUGCGAGCUGCUUAAAUGGGGUUUGGAAUCCAAGUGUAUUAACUGGUUGUCAACAAUCAACUGGAACAGGACAGUGUAUAACUUUUGCAACUCGUGUUAUGGGAACAAUAACAUACAGCACCUUGAAUACUGGAUCUCAAUCGGUUUAUCCCGACGGUACCAUUGCGACACUAUCAUGUCCGAGCGGAAUCGUAGGUAGUACGACAUCUCGUUGUACAUCAGGAAUGUGGACGCCAGAUUUGGGAACAUGUAAUUCAACUGGGGGUCUUACUAACGGAACACAAUGCACGACAGCUCCUGUAUCGCCUCUCGGUAGCACCGUCACCUACUCAAAUCUGGGGAUAAUGUCUCCUUGGCCAUCGGGUACGUCUGCUACAAUGACUUGUCCACUUGGACAAUAUCCACAAGGCAACAGCAUGAGCGUUUGUGAAAACGGAAUGUGGGUUCCAGCUAUGACAACAGUUUGCUCAACCUCUUCACUAAGUGGAAAUGGCUGUCUUCCGAUUGCGUCGGUUUUAUCGCCGGUUACGAACGGACGAGCAGUCUACAUUCCUACGCCAACGGAGAGAGUAGCUAUAGGAACAACAGCAACUCUUAUAUGUAAUCCUACACAUCAACCAUCGGGAGCCUCCAGGAUCACUUGCACAACUACUGGAUGGAGUCCAGCGUCUCUUGGUCAAUGUAUUAUGCAAGGAUCUGGCAAUGGUGUUACAUGUAUGUCGCUUCUCGCACCAACGAAUGGAUUGUUGACAUAUUCGCAAGGUGGUUCUUUUGGCCCAUACCCAACAGGAUCUAUUGCUCAAGUUUCCUGUAAUACUGGAUACAACAUCAAUGGAGUCAGCACUACCACCUGUCAGAAUGGUAUUUGGGUGCCUUCACAGUUAGGACAAUGUACUCCGCAAAAUGGUAAUGGAAUGCAAUGUACAAGUGCCAUACCAUCCGUUGCUCUUGGAACUAUUAGUUAUUCUCAAGGCUCUACGUUUGGUCCUUGGAACGCCGGAACGGAAGCAAGCCUAACAUGCUCACCCAACUAUAACCCAUCUGGAACAGUCCGAUCAACAUGCUCUAAUGGAGUUUGGGUACCAUCCUUGCUGGGAACUUGUAUACCUAGUCAGGGGAGUCUACUAAGAUGUCAAGCUGUUCCAUUUAUUUGGUCUGGAUCAGUAUCCUACAAUCCUGCUGGUUUGGCACCUUACAACGAAGGAACUGUCGCAACACUUUCUUGUAAUAUUGGAUCUAUCCCUAGUGGGGUUACUACUGUCACUUGUCAAGGAGGCAACUGGAGCCCCUUCCCAGGUCUCGGAAGUUGCACAACAACACUAGCUCGCUCUCCACCAAAGUUGGCGCGUGCUCCUGCUAAUACGGAAGACGAAAAAAAUGAUGUAGUCAGAGCUGAUGAUCAAAUGGAAACUUCAGACACACAUGCUUGUCCUUCUCCUCUUGCACCACCUUUCGGCGAAAUUACAUUCUCACGAAUCAGCGCAAGGAAUGGAAUGUUCUCUGCUGGAACCACAGCAGCUCUCAGAUGUAUUAUUGGUUACUCUAUUGAAGGAGCAUCGUUCUCAACUUGCAAACAAGGAAUGUUCCGUCCAAUGCUCGGUAAAUGUUCGAAUGGUCAGGUAGACCCACUACCUGGCGCUUGUUUACCUCUGGCAUUCCCUGAACAUGGAAAAAUAACUUACAUUCAGUCAUCUCGAACAGUUAAGCUCGAGAUAGGUACCACUGCUCUGUUGAAAUGCGAUGAUUCGUCACGCGCUGUAACAGGAACAGCAACUUUAACAUGUACAGCAUCGGGAUGGGAACCUGCAGAUGGAUUCGGAACUUGUGAUGAUAUGCGAGAUCAGCUCGUAGAUGUACAGAUGAAAACUAAUAUAAUAACUGCGAAAUAG